GAUUGCGAUGAAAAGACACAUCACUCAGUUUUUCGGAAAUAUUAGUGCAAUUACAUGGCAAAUAAAUAAAUAUUUGACUUAAGAUGAAAUUUUUUCAAUAUAUAGUCCCUAAAUGUAUUCUAUUAAUUGUACUUUGUGCCAGCUCUUUAAUGAGCCACGAGGCAAAGGAUUUCGAUGAUUCUGUCCUGUAUAAAAUUGACUUUGAUGUACCGGACUUAGAAAAAGACCCAGAUUUAAAGAAUCAACUGCGAACCUUUUACACUCAUGAUCACGAAAAGUAUGACUGUGUUAUCCCAGUUGUACAGGACAGCAAAGAAGAGCAAACUUCUGAGGAACCUGAACUGUCCCCAUUAACAUUGCUGCAACCUUUGUUCUCAACCCAAAGUUGUUCAUACAGAAUUGAAGCUUAUUGGUCUUAUGAAAUUUGCCAUGGACAACAUGUGCGACAAUCACACGAAGAAAGAGAAGGGAAAAGCGUAAAAUUACAGGAAUAUUAUUUAGGCAAAUGGUCGGCGGAGAAGACCGAAGAACUUACAAAAGUAUGGGAAAGUGAUCGCAAGGCUGGCAUUAAAUAUAAAACCACCAAAAUUGAAAAUACCAGAUAUCCAUACUUUGAACUGGAAAUGUCCGAUGGAACUAUGUGUGAUAUUAUUGAUUCACCACGUACGACACGUGUUCGUUACGUUUGUUAUCCUCACGGCAAGAACGAAAUAUAUUCAUUUAAAGAAACAUCUUCAUGCAAUUAUGAAGCAAUUAUUCUUACAUAUAUGCUUUGUAUGAAUCCUGCUUUCCACCCCGAAGAAUUGAAAGAGGUUUCUAUUAAAUGUUUUAAUGGGCUUACCGAUGUACAUAAACCACUAAGUAUGUUGCGACAAGAACUUAGUGAAAUGCAAUCAGCAGAUGAUGAACUACGCAUAUCGAAUGAUGCGAGCGCUGCUGCAAUGGCUUUGGCACGUUCGGCCGCAGCAGCUGAGCGUUUAUCUUUCUUCAAUAAAGUAGGACCGGAUGUUGAUAAGCUUGUUCAUGAGUUAAUGAUUGGUGCUGGUGUUGAUGUACCUACGCCACCAGCAGCCGAGAAUGAAGUUUUGCAAAAUCUACCAAAAGCACCUAUCACGGAUUUAACACCUAUAAAAGAAUUCAUAUCGGGUAGUAAUUGUUUGACAGGGGGUACUGGUUGGUGGAAAUAUGAAUUUUGUUACGGUCGACAUGUACGCCAAUUUCACAAGGAUAAGAAAUUGGAGUCGGAACUAUUUUUGGGGUAUUUUUCCGAAAGUUCACAUCGUCAAUGGUUGGCUAAAAAUUUGGACAAAAUGCCAAAACGUGGUGGUUAUUCCACAGCUCUUUGGCAUCACUAUGAUCGCGGAACACAUUGCGAUCGUACGGGUGCUCCGCGCGAGGUAGAUGUUAAAUUAAUGUGUACUCCGAUCAGUAGUAGUUCGAGUUCGGUUUCCAUAUAUUUGUUGGAACCAAAGACAUGUCAAUACAUACUUGUAGUAGAGUCACCAAUUAUCUGCGAUCUGAUGCAAUUAGCUGAUGAAUACGGCCUAGUGCAGGAAGACAAUUUACAACAACUACUUCAAAAAAAUACACUGCCAAAAGAAGAAACUACAAAAGAGUUAUCUACGACAACAGCCAAACCUGCCGGUGAAGCUGAUGCCAUAGAGGUAAAUAAUGUGUUACCCGACGCAGUAAUACCACAAGAUGUACUUGCAUGAAAACUAAUAUUUAAUAUGUAGUACUACAUUCUGAUUGAGUGAUAUGUUAAACAAUUUUCACCACAAUAGCUUAAUAAUUAAAAUUUUUAAAAUUAUAAAAA